AUGGGUUGUCAUGCUUCUCAUGGACGAGCAGGUGUGAAAGCUCACGUAGACAACAAACUCCUUCAAGUUUUUCACUGUUAUUGUGGGCAAACGUACACUUUCCAGCUCAAGCUAGGAGAGUUCAACUUCACUUCCAAACAUUACACCAUUUCCCGUAUCGCUACUGAGCAACAGUGUGCACAACUCCCAAAAUUUGUCAUACAUGAAGAUAACCAUGGUUCUGAUGAUGAUAAGCCUGAAGAGAAACCAGUAGAACUAAAGGGUUCUUCUGGUUACCAAAACGCUGAUGCAGAGGUAGCGGGUG